UGUGAAACUGGAUGUGGAGCAGGUCCUUUCUCUGAGCCAGCCUAGGGCUGGCUUCUCAGGAAGAGGUGUGAGAACCCUCUGCCUCCAUGCUCCUGCAGGGAGCAACUCCAGGAUCCUUUUGCAGAAGGAUGAGUAAGUUUUCGUUCCAAAAAGCUCAAGAUGUCCAGUAGGCAGUAGGAGCAAGGACUGGAAUUGCAAGGACGUCUUGCGGGAAAUGACAUCCCCAGCAUUCAGUGAGGUUCAGCUGAAUAUAGGAUUUUUCUCCAUUUCUAAUUAUGUAUAAGGACUGCGGCACAGAAAAAGAAACAUUAACUUUUUGAAGCUCACAUAGUAAAUUGGUGGCAAACCUAGAAGAACAAUCUCAGGUUACGUAGUUGACUCGAAUACAUACUGUUGGCUGGAACAGACUGCUCUUCAUCUUUCUGAACUAUGCCAAGAAAAAGAAAGCUGUUGGCUCAAUUAAGUGCUCUCCAAAGCAACUCCAGCUUCCCUCCUUUUGAUGCCUUGGAGAACCUGAACGCUAUGCCUGACGGGAAUUCUUCUCCAAAAAGCAGCAAAUACUUUGCGAUAGAGAAAAAAAAUUCUUCUCAGCUAGAAGCAGAUUUUUUCAACCAGCCCUGUAUUAGUCUGGCCAAGUCCUUUCUGGGACAGAUUUUAGUUCGCAAACUUCCUGAUGGCAGAGAACUGUGGGGGAGGAUUGUUGAAACAGAAGCUUAUCUGGGUGGGGAAGAUGAAGCUUCCCACUCGAAAGGUGGGAAGCAAACUCAACGAAACGCGGCAAUGUUCAUGAAACCAGGAACUCUGUACGUGUAUCAGAUCUAUGGGAUUUAUUUCUGCGUGAAUGUUUCCAGCCAAGGGGAAGGGGCCGCAGUAUUACUUCGCUCUUUGGAACCUCUUCAGGGUUUAGAUGCGAUGAGAGAGCUGCGCAGUGCUUCAAGGAAAGGACCCACAAAGCUGCUGAAGGACUGGCAGCUGUGUAAUGGGCCCUCCAAGCUCUGCCAAGCGUUUGGGAUUGAUAAGGCUUUUGACCAAAGGGACUUGACUCAAGAUGCAGCCAUCUGGAUGGCACCUGGACAUGACCCACCAGGGGAGCAGGACGUGGUAGCCACAACAAGGAUUGGUAUUGGCAACAGGGGAGAGUGGGCACAGAAACCUCUCAGGUUUUAUUUACGAGGAAACAAAUUUGUGAGUGUUGUAGACAAGAAAACGGAGAGAGAGAUGGCAGCAAUGGGACACUUCUCUUGCAGCUGACGAGUCUUGCAGGACUUGAGCUGUGCUCUGUAUGACAGCUUCACGCUAUGUCAUGGCAGCAGCUAGGGCAGACAUAGCAGCUUGGAGGUUUUUAACAAUAAAUGUACUUUAUC